CCCCAUGAUGCAACAUGAUUGGCCAGCAGUUUUUGAUAUACUCCCUAGCCAACCUUCCCCUUCCUCUUUCUUUCACGCGGCCCUAACGCGAGUUCACCUUGUCUUUAAACCAGUUCUUUGGCAAUCCCUGGUAGCACUGUCAAGAUGCCCAGGGAAGACAGGGCCACGUGGAAGUCCAACUAUUUUAUAAAAAUUAUCCAACUUCUGGAUGAUUAUCCAAAAUGCUUCAUCGUGGGAGCAGACAACGUGGGCUCCAAGCAGAUGCAGACCAUCCGUCUGUCCCUGCGAGGCAAAGCCGUGGUUCUGAUGGGUAAAAACACCAUGAUGCGUAAAGCCAUCCGUGGACACCUGGAGAACAACCCUGCUUUGGAGAAGCUUCUGACGCACAUUAAAGGCAACGUUGGCUUUGUCUUCACCAAGGAGGAUCUGACUGAAGUCAGGGAUCUGCUGCUGGCCAACAAGGUACCUGCAGCAGCUCGAGCUGGAGCCAUUGCCCCCUGUGAUGUCACUGUGCCAGCCCAGAAUACUGGACUUGGUCCAGAGAAGACCUCCUUCUUCCAGGCUUUGGGUAUCACCACCAAGAUCUCAAGAGGAACCAUUGAAAUCUUGAGUGAUGUUGGUCUGAUCAGGACUGGUGACAAGGUCGGUGCCAGCGAGGCAACUCUGCUCAACAUGUUGAACAUCUCGCCCUUCUCCUUCGGACUCAUCAUCCAGCAGGUGUAUGACAAUGGCAGCGUCUACAGCCCUGAGGUCCUCGACAUCACUGAGGCUUCCCUUCAGGCCCGGUUUUUGGAGGGUGUGAGGAACAUUGCUAGUGUGUCUCUGGAAAUUGGCUAUCCCACUCUGGCCUCCAUUCCCCACUCUGUCAUCAACGGCUACAAGAGAGUCCUGGCAGUUGCUGUGGAGACGGACUACACUUUCCCUCAAGCUGAAAAGGUCAAAGCCUUCCUGGCAGAUCCAACUGCUUUUGCUGCUGUUGCAGCACCAGCAGCUGCUGCAGAAACUGCCGCUGCUGCUCCAGCUGCCAAGGAGGAGGUUAAGGAGGAGUCUGAGGAGUCCGACGAGGACAUGGGCUUCGGUCUUUUUGACUAAAGACCAGUAAACCAGACCUGAUUUGAGUAAAAACGCAGAGUGUAAUAAACUCUUCUAACAGCGUUA